AUGUGUCCCGAUGUCCUAAAUGCAGUCAGCGCACCAUGUGCAAAUGUUGAAGCCCAAAGCACAAAAUGGACCCGUUCUUCCGCGGUUGUUCCUCAGGUGGCCAGACGAUGUGCAAUUCCAUCUGGCAACUACAUCAAGCUUAAUAUCAAGAAAAAGUGUUUCAGUAGAGCCGGCACACGUCGCCAGUUCCGUCUCCGUGCUCAACUUAAACGAGAUAAGUUCAUCAGAAAGUUUGGAAAAAAGGGCGGCUACAAGGCCUUCAAGAGGACUUCAACCAAACCAGGUGUCUGCUUUAAAUGCAAUCGUGAAGGACACUGGGCAGCUCAGUGUCCGCAGACUAUAGGCCAGAAGAACUCCGCUAGAACUCCGGCAGACCAUGAGCUAAUGGAGCCAGAUUUUACCCCUUCUGAAUGGCUGGUUGCUGAUCUGGCCUCUCUGGACAGCCGGUUCAGUGGGCCAAGCUUAGAGGAACUGGCCCAAUUGCCAAUGAAUCCCGUUCGAAUCCCUCCCCUUGUCAGACCAGAUAAUAUCUGCGAAUGGCGCGAUAUUGGAGAGUGUGUCAAGGACUGCCUCACCCGUCUUGGCAUCCAAGCCUUCCGACCUGGACAGGAACAGGCUAUUUGGCGCGUUUUGGCCGGCAAAUCGACCCUUCUCGUUCUUCCAACAGCUGGCGGCAAAUCGCUUUGCUACCAGAUCCCGGCUAUGCUCUUCCAGGUAGGUUGUCACUCAUGUCCCCUUCUCCAACCUAGGGCUGCAGAAAUUUCACUCACCUGCAACCGCGCUUGUCGUGUCGCCGCUGAUAUCACUGAUGCAGGAUCAGGUUGUUAGCCUAACAGGACCUAUAUGCGGUGCUUACCUGAGCUCAAGUCAGACGCGACAACAGAAGGAGGAAAUACUCUCCAAUGCGCGCAAGUAAGUCUAGUAAAACAAUAUUUAUUGACUCAGUAGAAUGUCUUUCUAGGCCUCCCCCAUUUACUAGCAUGUAUUCUUAGUCUAGAUCCUCCUUUGAAAUCGUGUGGGAUGGAAAAUUUCAUCGAUCGUCAUAAAGGGGACUGUAGUAGCCGUUUCAGUGCAGCUAACUACUCCAAAUAUGCCCAAGUUAACUUUUCCACUUUGCAUUCUAUUUGUCGAUAGUAUCUCUCGAUUAGUGACUGCUCAUUGUUAUGUGGCGGAGCUCCAAGGCAAAACAGGUCGACCGUGUUCCAUCUUUCAGCCGGCUCAGGCCAGUGAACGUUGCCCUAUGGUCACAUUUUGACUAGGUUCCAGUAAGGCUGCACAAGUAAUUCAUGUGAUAAAACAACAGACUUAUUGAGUCUUCCAUGCCCCUUGGUUCAACAUCGUUCCUGUUGUAUCCCUCCAUUAUUCCUUCACGCUAACGCAUACUUAUGUUUAUCGGAGACACUUCACUUUUUAUCUACUUGUUGUCCAACACAGCCAUGCUCCUUGGUUCACGUUCUUGCCUGGUUGGUCGUGGGAUGUUGUACUAUUGUCGGAUUCUAAGUGUGAAAGGCUUAAAUCGUCGAAACAGUCGCAGCCUUGUUGCUUAAAAGGCACGUUGUUUGAUUUAUAGAAUUCGACCUGAGCUACCUCUUCCUAUUGCCUUCCCUUAUUCUGCGUCCUCUUCACAAGCAGCCAGUCGUAUGUCGACAACUAAAUAAGAAACAGUGGUUUUCCGAAGAAACCAAAAGAGCCAGAACGUUCCCUCAAAAAGUCAUAGUCCGACUCUAGACCAACAAAUAAAGCCGAGCUAACAACUUCAACCCAAAUUAUUUUCGUCGGCAAACUCUUUCAUUUAAAAUUUUCCCAAUAUUAAAACCUAUAAUUCACUGCGUUUUCCCGGGUUGUUGUAGAAGUUUGUCAUAUUUUUCGUUGGAAACCGGCACCUUUUUUCGCAAAACGCCGAUAUAUUGCCGCUGAAGUAGAACUAUUUUGCAUAUAGUACAAUAUAAGUAGCCAAGUUAAGAGCUUCUGUGUUUGUCUUAACGCUAAGGUGGCUGCAUCCUUUUUGACUAUCUUGUUCUCAUACAGCUGUAACACACCUUCGUCUGUCCGAGUCGGACAGACGGACAGUGUGGACAGUCCACUGAUUCUCCACAUUUUUCCAUCUUCUUUCACGGUCUAAAAGCCCUUUGGUCAGGGUCGCAUUACAUGAACAAGGCCAGGGCUGCGAGAUUCCUUGCUGAGACCAAGUGCAGCCCUGCCAGGGACAGGGCUGGAUGAUCCAACAGUCUGUUAUUUCGAAACGUAACGCAAGACUGAACAAGCGGCAGCGUGAACUGUUUACUGGGUGAUGGUUCAAAUUGCCCUCCUCCAGCUGGCUCAUUUUCUAAUUGGUCGCCGUUGUUGUUGUUGGUUCGGAAACAGCUCCCCUCGAUGCCCUUGGCCCCGGCAAGUCCAGCCGGAGUGCGUGAGUCAUAUUCUUCCAGUGAUCCUGAAACCAAAUUUGGCCACAGUUCACUGGACAGUGUUUACAGUAUGGCGACUUGGUGUGGCAGUGGUUCGACAGUGAACUCCUGCACUCGUACAUCCGGUAAAACAGUUAAAAGUCUUAGGAUUGCGCCGGGCAGCGAUUGAAGCGUUAUUUGAUGGCGGGCAACACAACAUAUUGUAAUACCUUUGUGACCUAUUGCAUUUUUUACGUAGAUAAUCGAUUUUUCCGAUUAGUGGCCACCCACGCCUGAAGGUGUUGCCGCUGCGCCGUCUGCGACCGCUUUUUCGUCUGCCAAGAAAGCCUGCUUUAUUCGUAGUUAGUAUUUGUAGGCGACUUCAGCCUCAUUUUGGAAUUAUAAUGCUGAAACCUUGUCUCCCGUUUCUCCCCUCCCCCGUCAGUGGCCAGUACGCGUACAUUUUGAUGUCACCAGAGGCGCUGGUGGAGUCAGAGUGGAUGCUGCAACCCGACCGCCUUCCGCCAAUCAGCUUUGUAUGCAUUGACGAGGCCCACUGUUUGGCCGACUGGUCUCACCACUUCAGACCCUCCUAUCUGCGUGUUUGCAGCCUCUUGAGGACGCGUUUAGGCGUGGAUCGGUUUUUGGGUAAGACACCACUUAGCCCAAGCGUCUUACCUUUUUUAUCAUUCAUUCCAGUUGCUUAGUUUGUAAGGGGAAAUAAUGAUAGGGGGCGCUCACCGAUCGUUCUUACGGAACUCACUCGUUCCGUUGUGCCUUAUGGGCUCUCUCUCGAGCCCAACCAGUAGCCGCACAGCGGCGCAUGAUAUAGGCAGGAUGGCAUUACCGACAAAGACAAGGGAGACUGGAAUGGCCAUUUCUGGCUUAUUAGCCGUCGUCAGCCAGGAAUGGUCAUUCCAGCCUCUCUGGUCUUUGUCGGUAAUGCCAUUCUGCCUAUAUCAUGCGCCGCUGUGCGCCUGCUGGUUGGGCUCGAGAGAGAGAGCCCAUAAAGCACAACGGAAUGAGUGAGUUCCGUAUAAACUAUCGGAUAGCCCCCCCUACCAAUGUUUUCUACUGUCCACUGUAAGUUUCCGAAAGAUUACAGUAUCAUUUGCCUGGGCCGUUUCGACUUCGAGAGGGCUGAAUUACUGCUUUACCUCCUUGGAAUAAGCUGAUACUGCUUUUCCGAUGUGAAGUAGUUUUUAGGAGGUACAGUUUGCUGACCAGUUUUAUUCACAAGUUUCAAGGGAAGUCCGCAUUUAUUCAUGGCUCUCCCAAUCAUUGAUUGCGCUAGAGACGAUCAUGCGACCUGCUUGAAGCAAGGCUUGCACCGGCGUAUCAUGUCCAUUCAGUUACUUACCGCCCCGCCUUCGUAGGAAAGAAUUGAGUGGUAUUCAUCUUAGCUUCUCCGGCCGCUGUCAACAAAUGCUUAAGAUCGUCGGGGCAGGUCAGGAAACCUUUUUGUUAAAUCGAGACUUGAAAUCGUUGCUGGUUGAGCGCAGCCACUUCUACUGUGCUUUCUGAGCCUCCUUCUACGUCGGCAGCCUCACCAAUUCGUUCUGCCUCCGGUUGCAUCAGUUAUUUUACUGUUCUCACCCCAUCCGCCUAUUCCUUCGCCCUCCCCCUUGUCCAAGCGGUCCACAUUGUCGCUGCUGCUGCUGCUGCUGCUGCUGCUGGUGGUGGUGGUGGUGGUGGUGGUGGUGGUGACCGUUUGCUCCCUGUCAAUGACCAGUACGCGUACCUUUGGUGUCGCCAGGGGCCCUGACGGAGUCAGAGGGGAUUCUGCAACCCCAUCGAGUGGAAGUGCAUAUAGAGGUUCUUGACCGAUGUCACGAAUUAAUAGAAAAGGCAGUCUGACUAUUUAGGGCGAAGAAGUAUGCCCGACUGGAUUUCCUCGCAGCUGACUUCCCGUUGUCAUGACAUCUUCAUCUGUUAGCGGAGCUUUAAUUUUUGUUUCAUGAUUAACUCUGUUAAGAAUGAUGUCAGAGGCUGUUACUAUGAUUACACUGCUAGUUAUGGUGGUGGCGCUGAGCGUAGGGUAAAGAAUGCAUCAUUAUUGUCGACUAAUUUCACUUUUAGUAAUCCAUAUGAAUAUGCUGCUUUCUUGCAGGAAAAGUUUAACUGAAAUUAUUCCCAUUAAAACUGAGGCAUUCACGCGCCUAAUGCUCUGAAUAGCAAAAAGAAAGCGUCGUAAGCGGGGUUGAUUCGACUUCUGCUCCUGCCUGACCCUAGAUCUUUAGGCUCCUUUGUUCACAUGACGCAGGUUUGCUUACGUGCCUGCUUCACCGCUCGCUGGUUGAUCGGUGAUUCAGUUAGGCCAGAUUGCGUAGACACCUGUCAAUGCAUACUACGCCUGUUUCUACAAAUCAAGUCGAUGAAACCAGUAGUUACGAACACCAACCAUCAACACACGAAGAUAUCUCAGUCAGUCUGCGCUCCAAGUCUCCUCAUAAGUUGUCGAAACUCCUUUCCUGUGGAACUCUUUGGGAGCAUAACUUCGACACUGUGCUCCGCUAACUCGUGAGCUUGCAAGGCUCCGUAACCAUACCGGUGUCUAUCUCCAGCGCGGAAGCAUUGAUGACCGUAGCCAUGGGUCUUCAUCACAGAAAUAACACCAUGGAGCCACUGUUUGGCGGACGAAUUCUACGAGAGCCUCUGGUUAUGUGAUUGUAUCAUCGCCGAGGACGCGAAUCACCAGUACAAGAGCGCCUUUUUGAAAGCAAAAGACGGGGAAAAUGAAUAUUUCCGUCAUCGUGCAAGUCCUUACUGCCACCGCAGGCAGCAACUCAUAUGCGCAUGGCGGUAGUCCAGUUAUAUCAAAAAUUGGUGUGCUCAGAUUGUGUAAAACUCGACGGCCUCAAUGCCACUCAAACCAACGAUAGCAAGUGCAGGGCUUAUGUGCGGUCAGCGCAUUAACCGCCCGAGCUACGCGCCGCCCCGAUCGGGAGCCGUGAGUUUACUGGCAUUUGGGUCGUUGUCCGCCCAACCUACUGCAAAGUAUGGAAUCCACCACACUGACCUUCCCCAAGUCCAACCAGAGUUCGCGGACUGUAGUCUUCCGGUUGCUCAAAACUCAGUGAAGCAGCAGCAGCAGCAGCUGUGUGGCUUGGUUGAGGUUGGUGGAUGUCUCCGUCCACCCAUCGAGCACACUAGAUUAAAGUUCUAGGGUUGCUCUGGUCGACGGAUGAAGCCUUAUUCGAUGACCAGCCACAUUCACGACGCCACAAUGCCGUCUUUACUGUGAUCUAGUGGCCGCCUUGCCAGGUCGGCGCGCGGUCACGCCUUGGGGUGCUACAGCUACGAGCUCUGCCAUUGCUUAUUUCGCAGAUAAUAUUCGGUGAAGACCGUACAAUCGACCGCAUAGACUCCAAGUAGGUCGCAACCGAGCUAACAAUCAGGCCUCAUCUUCCGAGAUGGUGGGAAUCUUCAUCAAUUAAAUAUGCUAACGUAUUUUCUUUUGACUCUCCGCUUAUGCCUUUUCCCGGGGUGAUCGGUGGAGUAGAGGACUUUUAAAUAACAUGAAGCUUCCUCUUAAUUUGAUCUGAUCAGUUUGUAUUGCGGUUUUUCACACCUCAAUUGUCCUAAAAGGAUACCCUCGAGUUUAUUGUCUUUUCCCUCACCAGGUCUCUCCGCCACUUGCACCCCUUCAACCAUUGUAAACAUCUGUCACAACCUGGGUAUUUCCGAUCCACACCCACUGGACUCCUUCCUAACUGUGGGUGAUUUGGUUGAAACCGGCCAGGACAUUGGUGCCCUGACAGAUCUCCUCACGGCUGAUGGUUUCCUCCAACCUGUUCGCAACCCCCUCCCGCCCAACCUCCUGAUCACGGCCUCUAUGGAUACGAACCGCGAAGAAGCCCUAAUCCAGCUGCUCACUCGCCCCCCUUUCAGCCAACAGAUUUCCAUCCUCAUCUACGCUGCCACGCGCGACCUCACAGAACGUCUGGCCGUUUACAUACGAACUAGCCUCCAGGAGAGAAAGGAUAAGGUCAGUUUUUUGGCCAAGGCAGCCUUUCUGCCGCAGUCCUGACUGCGGAGACGAAUGGGCAAGGCUGGCCAAUGAGCAACCGCCUAGCGAAGUAUUACGUGCCUCUCACAAGUCUCUCUUCCACAGCACGCUUCGUUUUGUUGGAUUUGCAAACGGGAAAUACGAACCCGCGUACUACGGGGGGCCUUACGCACCUAUUAUCGUGUCCCAACUUCAGCCCCAGAGCUAACCCUAACUCUCUUAAAACAAAGUCCUGCCCCCCCCCCACUGGACAUUAACGCAAGGUCGCCUGUAGUACGGGGUCCCCAUUCAGGUGUCGUACACCUUACCGGUUCAUCUUCUAUUGUGAUUCCGGAGUUCCAGACUCCUCUGUUGGACUAUAAGGAGUCGUUUUACAAAGUUUUGCUUGCUUCUAACUCAUCUCAUGGAUUGUUAUGUUGUUUCUAGAUGACCUCACUUGCAAUACAACAAACCAUCAGCUCUGACGUGAACAACAACAACCAGAUCCCUCGAAUCAAAUCAAAUAAAUAGUAAAGGAUGACAUAUCUGAGUUACAUCACCUGCAGUCGCGCAUUUCUUUGAUAUCGAACAAUAAAUUGUCCAUGUUUGAGCCGGUCCAUUUAAAUAGCCUGAAAUGACUGAACACUAGUAAUUAUUAGCCCCCUAAAAUUAUUAAACACGGUGAAGACAUUCGAUUUUUUUCAACACCGCGGUAAUUUAAACGGCAGCGGUAGGGUGAAGGACCCCACUUAACUGUCGGUAGACUGUGGAUCGUGCCAUAUAGGGCUUUAUUUUGGCAUCCAUUUGCAGGCCAUCCAAGACUAACUGCCAACAACAAUUACAUCCCAUGAUACCAUUACUAACAUUCGGUUAUUUUCGUAAACUUGCUUUUUGUUUGUAUUUUAAUUGACGGGCUCAUUUUCGUUGCGUAUGCGUUUUCUUUCAUUUCGUCAGCUUACUGUCCGGCGUACUGCGGCACCCGUAAAACUCCCUCAUUACCACCAUUCGCGUAUGACACGAUCCACAGUCUACCAACAGUUAAGUGGGGUCCUUCGCCCUACCGUCGUCAUUUAAACAGUGAUCUUUAAAAAUGCAAGAAUUCCUUGUGUACGAUACCCUCCAUAUGUUCAUUAGUUGCUCUACCUCUUUCUGGACAAGAAGUUGGUACAGAAUGAUAAGGUUUUCUGGAACACCGGAAGCAGGGCUUUACUUCAUCGAGCUAAUGACCGACUAUCUUGUCAUCGUAAUGCAUCACCCGCGCGUUUACUUUCGCACAUUCGUUGAACAGAUUGGUAGACGCUUGGUUGGCUGGACCACGGCCGUCUACCACGCCGGUCUCUCCUCCGCAGAACGGUUGCGUGCACAGAAGAAGUUCAUGACCGGUCGAGUCCGCGUUCUGGUCGCCACGACAGCCUUUGGAAUGGGAUUGAAUAAAAAGAACCUGCAGGCAGUCAUACACUACUCACUGCCCAAGUCCUUUGAGAAUUACAUUCAGGUAAGUACUCUUGCACUGCGUACACGUACAUCCCUCCCCCCGGCAUCCAUGAGCUUUUAAGAUAUACAGCAUCCCUCUGUAACGAUUUUUAUUGGCCCUAACCAACCGCUGACCUCUGCCAGCGUCUCAUUACCCUUGCUGGUCUCAACUCGAGAGAGGCUGUCUUUACUGUGUCUAUUCGGCAGAAGCCGCCCCCAAGAUAGUUGAAGUUGUCGAUUUCUUCGCGCUGCUUGCGAUUAACUCCAACAUCAACUUAGUGGCAUGCCAUCACAAGCAAGCCAGGACCGUAAGGCGCCGUACGUACCCUUCCUCCGACGAUGGAAGCUUGUUUACUUUCGAAACGUCAGUAAAAUAAUAUCGUAGCUCCCAUGAUCGCCAUGCCUCCUCAUAUAGGUACGCCGUGUCAGAGGACAUACCACAUAUAAUACAUGACUGUUCAACCGUCGGCUUUGACGAUGUCCACCGUGUGCUCCACAGCAGGGCAGGAGUAGGAACUGUAACUUGCGCGUGAAUUGAUUUAUAGUGACGGUAGACUUGCGCAGCAUCUACCGCACUCUCUCCUCCCUUCCCACCUGGAUCCGGUGUCAUAACCAAGUCAAAAAGACCGGAGGCGGGAGAGGGCGCAGGUGGCUGGCAUGACAAAAGCCCACACCUAGUCGUACUACUACACCCUGUGGUCCACAACAAACAAUUGACCAGGAUUUUCAACAACAACACUGUUGCGUCCCUCUACCAUUGCACAUAUGCGACCGCAACCGGCAGGACCACGAGCCCGUGACUCUGUGAUUAGGACGUUGAACUUCUAACUGUCAAGUCGCGGGAUCGAGUCUCAGGCAUUGAGCACCUCGGGAUUUGACAUGGUUGUCCGCCGACGGUUAGUAAGCCAGAAAUGGCCAUUCCAGUCCCCUUUGUCUCUCUCGGCAAUGUUACUCUGCACAUAUAUAGUUCGACCGUCGCAUCCGACGAUGUCCACCGUAUGCCCCAUAGCAGAUGGUGGGAGCAGGGACGGUGACUUGCGCAGGGGUUUAUAUUGCUAGCAGACUUGCGCCGCAUCUACCACACUCUCUCUUCCGUCCCCGCCUGAGUCCGGUGUCAAGACAGAGUCAAGAAGACCGGAGACGAGGGAGGCCGCAAGUGGAUGGCUUGGACGGAUCCUCACCUUGGCGCUCCACUCCGCACCCCCCGGUCCACACAACAAUGACCAGAUUUUGGCCACAAAACAAUGGGGUGGUGGCAGUGGUCCCAGUUGUGCGACGACUGCUGACAACAGGGUCUGCCAGCGCACACCGCAAAUGUUGGCAAUUGUUAUUGCGCACAGAUAACGCCUGCCAGAAUCCGAUGUGGCCCCCGUGUUGGUCCAGCGCAUCUAACGCGUGGCCCGUUUGGGGGCCAUCUGCACAUAUAUAGCAGAGGGGAGACAACAGUCUGGGAAGUAAGUUGAUACAGCACUGUUUCGGACUUAUUUUGUCUUCAUUCAGCCAAUCAUAACCCUGACCACCAGCUGGGACCGAGAACAUAAACACGCGCUCACACACCUGGCGCAGCUGAUCCACCACUGGGAUCUACCAGAUGGGUUAUAAGCACUUCAUCGAACCGAAGUUCAUCAGUGCCUCGCCACCUGCCAUUCCCUCUCGCUGCAGAUAGGGUAUUUAUCCACUCAGGAAUGGGCAUACACCGAUCCAUUGGCUUCCCGAAGCAAACUGGAAGCCAAUAGAUCGGUGUGCGCCCCAAUUCUGAGUGAAUGUAUAUGUAUAUAUAUAAAAGAGGACCAUGCAUGAAUUCACUCUCUUAGCAGAUCCCUUAUCGGGCUCGAGAUUUUUCCACUCUUAUCAUGGCUUCCCUACCGACCUGUAGUCCUAGUGAUAAACGUUAACUUCAGUCGUCGAGUUUCGUUCUGGUCUGCUGUCGGCAAACCGCUUUGUCCUUUUUUGCCGUUUGUCGCCCAACCCAACCUCACCAAAUCUUGCACCGAUUUCCGCCUUCGCUACAGGAUGCCAAAAAAGAGGAUGCUGAGGCUCCAUCAACCCCUUCUCACAGACACUUUUCAAAAUUAAUACGCCUCAUUUUUAUCUGCUGGUUAGGAAAUUGGACGUGUGGGACGAAAUGGUCAACAGUCCUUCUGUCAUGCUUUCCUGCCGUCCGGCAUGACUGACGAUCCCAGGGAAGCCAACGAAAUCCGUCGACACACCUUUGCCAAUCACAUCGACCCAGUGAUGUUGAAACGCCUGUUGCGCAUAAUUUUUGCCCCCUGUGGAUCGGCCUGCAUGCGACGUCGCCAACGUAACGGCGAGGCCUCCUGCGCCGGCCAUGUGGUAGCCCUGGACCCCCAAUACAUCGCUGACGAGUUGGACAUCAAACCGGAGAGUCUGGCCACUAUUCUCUCCUACCUUCAUCUUCAAAGUGACUGCGAGCGCAGUCUCACGAUUCUCCCCGCUUAUCCCAGGGUAGGCUUUGAUACACUUUGCACAGACUGUUACAGUAGGUAGGCUAAGUCAAGAAAUGUCAACCGAAAUUCCGAAUUGCGUUUUCGUUUCGAAAAGAUUAAUUAAGUGGGAUUGUAAAACUGAUCGUCGUGCAACAUAAUUUUUAUAAUAAUUCAGUUACCUCAGGAUGCCAGCUUUCGAAGGAAUUUCUUUUCGGCUGCACUCCGUAAAAAAUGACUACUUAAGUAGCAUGCGUUUUCCCCAUUGGUUUUCGGCGCCCUUAAACAUUCAAUUAUAUUUCAUCGAAAAAAUGCAUAAAAAUGUUCAUUUUCGCUCAUUCGGUAGAAAAUUACGUCUUCUUUCAAUUUUAUGCUCGAAAGAAGGGUAAAAUUUGAUUUUUUUUAAAAAAGUCCCUAAUUGUGAGAUAUUUAAUACCUUGAAAUGGCCGUUCAUAGAACAUCAUGUCACAGCAUUCACCAAUGUGGCUUGUAAAGUCAGCAAUAUGGCUCAAAUCCCUUGCCAACGUUUAUGAACCCCAUAAUGUCUCCUCUUUAUAACGCAGAGAAAUUUACGGUUUUUCAUACGCGGAUGAUAUACGGUUUGUAGUUUCGAAACCUUAAGCCAAGCAGGUUCAAGAUUAUUCGGGAAUUAAAAAGGUUUUUGAAAACCGAAUAUUACCCUUCCUUCGAGUAUAAAAUUGGAAGAAGACGUCAUUUUCUACCGAAUGAGUAAAAGAUUGAAUAUUUUUGUGCAUGUUUUCCAUGAAAUAUGACUGAAUUUUUAAGAGCGUCGAAAAUCAAUGAGAAAAAUGCAUGCCACUUAAGUAGUCAUCUUUUACGGAGUGUAGCCGAAAAGAAAUUCUUUUGAAAUCCGGCAUCCUGAGAUAACUGAAUUGUUAUAGAAUUAUGCUGCACGACGAUUAAUUUUACAACCCCACUUAAGUAAUGUUUUCGAAACGAAAACGCAUUUCGGUUGACAUUUCAUGAGUUAGCCCACCUACUGUACUUGGGCCAUGCAACGACGGAAUGACAACUUCCCUCGCCUUUGACUGUCAGCUCAUCCGGUGAAUCAAGACGUCUCCAAUACGCCGCACGAACGCACCUGUCACCACUACGUUCUUCUCUGGGCAGUGACAGACGUUGUCGUUUGUGACAGUUACUACAAAUUCACUCCUGUUUUUUGUGUCUUUAAUAUCCCACUCGAGCGCCUUCAUUUGUUUAUGGGACUAUAAACAUUGUUAACUAUGUUCCGAAGACCGAGUGACUCUUUUUGCCCUUUUAUGCAGUCCGUCACUGUAAGGUGCUACGGCGGAUUCAACGAACUGGCCCGUAUAUCUAACCAGUGUCUGGCUGUAUCCGCCUGGCUCGGCCUGCUCGCCUCAAAGGAGACCAGUUUCUCGGACAAGCUGCCGAGCCUUCACGAGGUUCAGAUUGACCUUGUCGUACUGUGCAACGCCUGGGGCUGGCGCCCGGAUGUGGUGCGCAAUGAGCUGCAACGCCUCGAAUGGGACGCCUCGAAGGAGGGUCCCCGCCGCACCGGGGUCAACACCACUCCCUCUGAACGCAUCUGGUGGAACUGGAUCCACGCCCCAGUCAGGGAAGGAGAGGGGGCAGCCAAACUGGACUGCCUGUUGGCCUACCUCCACGGACGCCUGAACGCGGUGGAGAGGGCGAGUCUUGCCAGUAUCAACGACCUUCAGGCAGCCAUCUCUGUAAUCUCUGCGCAGUCUGUGGACAGAGUAGAUUUCGAGGCAGCCGACACUCUGGAGAGGUCGAGGCAGUUUCAUGCCCUUGUCGAGUCCCACUUCUCGGAUGUGGGCAAGCCUGCCAGCGGUGAUGGCGUUACGGUUCUCACUGCGUUGUGGCCACCACCAAUACCUCCAGAAAAGGUAGGUGAAUUCCUGUCGUACUUGCGAAGGCUCAUACGCAUACGUGUGCAAAACAGUAGUGUGAGUUUUAGCUUCUCAUCCCUCCUGCUGCCAAGAGUACAGUAGGUGGGCUAACUCAUGAAAUAUCAACCGAAAUUCCGAAAUGUGUUUUCGUUUCGAAAAGAUUAAUUAAGUAGGGUUGUAAAACUAAUCAUCAUGCAGCACAAUUCUUUAUUAAUUCAGUUAUCGCAGGAUGCCGGCUUUCAAACAAACUUCUUUUCGGCUGCAUGCAGGAACUACACUCUGUAAAAAAUGACUGCAUAAGUUGCAUGAAUUUUUCUUAUUGAUUUCCGAUGCCCUCCGAAAGUCAACUAUAUUUCAUGGAGAACAUGCAUAAAAUAUUCAUUCUUUUCUCAUUCGGUAGAAAAUUCCGUCUUCUUUCAAUUGUAUACUCGAAAAAAGGGUUUGAUUCGGUUUUAAAAAACUUUUAUAAUUCAAGAAUAAAUUUGAACUCGACCUGCCGUUACACUUGUAUUCAGGGUUUCCAAACUACAAGCCGUAUAUUUUCCGCGUACGGAAAACCGUAAAUUUCUCUACGGUAUUCAGAGGACAUCAUAUGGGGUUCGUAAAAUUUAGCAGUGGAUUUGAGCCAUAUUGUUAACUUUGAAAGCAACACUAGUGAAUGCAGAGACAUGACGUUUUAUGAACGACCAUUUCACGGUAUUAAAAGAUCUCACAAUUAGAAACUUUUUUAAAACCAGAUAAUACCCUUCCUUCGAGUAUAAAAUUGAAAGAAGACGUAAUUUCCUACCGAAUGAGUAGAAGAAUAAAUAUUUUUAUCCACGUUUUCCAUGAAAUAUAAUUGAAUCUUUAAGGGCAUCGAAAAUUAAUGAGAAAAAUUCAUGCUGCUUAAGUAGUCAUUUUCACAGAGUGUAGUUCCUGCAUGCAACCGGAAGAAAAUUCAUUCGAAAGCCGGCACUCUGAGGUAAUUGAAUUAUUAUAGAAUUAUGCUGCAUGUUGAUUAAUUUUACAACCCUACUUAAUUAAUCUUUUUUUAAAAAGAAAACACAUUUCUGAAUUUCGGUUGACAUUUCAUGAGUUAGCCCACCUACUGUACACGUAGAGACUCAUGGGAUCGACUGAGGUCCCUGUGUGUGUAAACGAAAUGUCUUUUAUAUACUGAUAAGCCAAGAAUGUAACCACCGCAGUAAGUUAAUGGCCCUAUGUUUAAACAAUUGAAUUAACAUAUCGUCUCCCUCCCCUACAAGUAACUGUUCACCCACUAGUUAUAAGGAUUUUUUGGAAACAUUGUAAGUGGUCCCCUCUUAAUGUGGCCUCUGUUUGGACCACAGGCUGCCUGUCUGCUGUUGCUCUGACCACCAUGUGCUGACCGGGCGUGUGUGUGGCACGCGUAGAUGGGCUGUUUGACUGUCAGCCACUGCGCCGACCUCGCUCCCAGUCCUCCUGACUCUGUCGUAACACCUGGCUCAGGUGGAAUAAGGGGUGGAUGCAGCGCAAGUCAGCGUCCCUGCGCCCACCUUGCUGUGGGCACACGGUAGACGCCAUCGGUAACGACGGUUGACCACCAAUCAGGAGUCAUUGGAAACAAAGGCGGUUAAAAGACACAGUAAUGAGGUUUUCGUGUAAGUGCCGUCUACUUGUUUAGGCGCAUAAACCUCAACGCUCGUUAUGGGGCGCCUUACCGGGGGGAACUUGUGAAGCAGGAAUAACAUUUUCUGUCACUUAUCCUGCGGAGGUAAUCAUGGAUAUUUAAGCGUUUGCGACACCUGAGGCGACGAAACGAUGCGUGACUAAGUUAAAGUUAUCGUUGCAGUCUUCUAACACCAAUUCUAGCUCUUGUCCCUAACGUCUUUUGUCGUAGCUGCUUGUUCCUGACCUUUAAGUGCUGUAGUGUCCGCCAUAAAUAAAGAAAUAGGAAUACCAAAUCACCCCACUAAAGUAAUCAGUAAGGUAAACAUGGUCUACACAUUUUCCAGAGACACAACGCUCAGUCAACCUUGCCAUCUAACAUAUCCGUCAGGUGGAAAUUUCGGCGGGAAUACAGUGUCGCAACACUUAGAAUUGUCUAUUCCCCACCAGCCUGUCUUACGGGCGGACUACUACUACUACUACUACCAUCACCACUACUACUGCUACUACUACCGCUGUUACUACUAAUACUACUACCACUGGCGGGAAUACAGUGUCGCAACACUGAAGAAAACUUUUCCCCCGUCUACCACCACUGAUACGGCGAAUACUACUAAUAAUCCUACUAUUAGUACUACUACUACCACCGCCACCACGGCUACCAAUGCUACUCUACCAACGCUUACAGUAUGGGUAACUAACUGCAAUAAUACUAGCUUCAGUAACGGAGUGUUGCGACACUGGUAUCCAACCGAAAUUUCAUUUAUUUAACCUAAGAGGGGUUGUUGGGAAAUGGAUUUCCCUUAAUUGUUUCCUAGGAGGCGACACCUCCUUGAGGGGUAACUGCUUAUGCAUUAAACUAAUGGAAACUUUUUUACGAUUUUCGUUUGGUCACCUUUGAAAUUUAAUGCCUGCUGUUUUCUUUAGCUGGCUUGUGCAACCUCUCAUAAGUUAGUGGUAUAUUCGACUUUUUCCUUACGUUACACGUAUCCUCUCCUAACAAUACACAAAAGGUGAUCGUUAACUUCAGGUUGAUCCUCCUUCCCUUGCCGGAUAACUUCAGAUAGGUCGUUGGGCUUUGGCGGAAGAGUCCGCACUGGUUGUGAUUUUCAUGACUGUCGCCCCAAACCCAUAACCCGAAUUUCCAAAUUGCACAUCGUCGUAGAUCCAGAAUAGUGUAUAUACAGCUAGUCCAGAGCAAGAUAGACUUCGGAUUUCCCCAUGACUGCAUGGAGAUAGCACAACCAGAAGGUAUGCUGGAAGAAUAAAAUACAAUAGCCGUUCCAUCUUAGGAAAUGUUAGCCGGCAUUUGGAAGUGUGUUUUCGACUAGAAGGGGGUACUUAGAUGGGGUUGUAAUAUUGGGCAUUAUCGUGCAGCAUGAUUCCACGCACGACACGAUGACGGCAUUUGAAUGAGCCCCUCCUGCCCCGCCUGCAGAAACCACACGGUGAGAAACGACUGUUUAAUUAGCAUGACAUUUUCCCUUUGGUUUAUGACUUCCUUAUGAAUCCAAAUAUAUUUCAUAGAAAACACAGCCAAAACUACUCUUUCUUGUCCACAUUUUCUAAAAAAAUCACGUCUUCUUCGAAGUUAGUACUUGAAGGAGGGGUAUUCUUGGGUUUUAAAAAACUUUGGUCGUCAAAUAAUGUUGAAAUCAUCCUGCGAUUGCACUCCCGCUUUUAGAUGGUUGCCUGUUUGUGGCCUUUGACACGGAGGUUGUUGCUUCGGAAAACCACUAGGUCGGUGCCCCCAUUCCUGCCAGAGCAGUCUGUUAUGUCCAAAAAGGUUCCGUUCAAUUGACUUGGGCCGAUCUGACGUUGAUCUAGAGUGGUAGAGGGGCGCUCACCAUAACACGAUCGGUGAGCGCUCAUCUGCCAUUGUGUAUUCCCGAUCGCAACCGGCAGGGCAACGAGCCCGUGGCCCCGUGUUUAGAAACGUUGGAAUUUUUACCGACAGGUCGCAGGACCGAGUCCCAGGCGUUCCACACCUCGGGAUUGAGUGUGACUAGCUGACGACGAUCAAUAAGCAAUAAAUGGUCAUUCCGGUCUCCCUUGUCUUUGUCGGUGAUGCUAUCCUAUUGGUCUAGCGAUUUUCAUCCCAGCUAUUCUGACACCAUCAAAUCAGUACCCACAGCUUAAACUGACGUUGUUUGAUGAAAAUUUAUUUUAAGGAAGGCAUUACUCGACAGCCUUUAUUUGAACCAAAUAGAACUGAAGGAAACCAUUUGCCACCUAAGUAAUAAUUUGUUUCCCAUGGGAAGCAGUCGAAAGUGAUGAAGAAAUUUCUCAUUGGAAAGCCGGCGAAUAAGGGCUACUUAGGAUUGCAGCCUAGCUUUCUUGCGUUUCUCCUCUUGAUAUUGUACCACGCUCAACGUUACGGUGAAAACCUGGUUAUGUGAAUGGUCUUUGCUGAACUUGCGUUUUAUAUCUGAUCUUAUAGGCGACUUUUUCGGGAUAGGCUACGUUCGUCGAGCAGCACUCGCCGACAGUUAAAUCUUGAGCGAAAGUGAGAAUGCUUUAUCAUCAGUCCGUCAGCUCGUAUACCUAAGCGACUCCAGCGUACUUUAAGGUUAACCUUGAGAGUUUAGAAUUCUCCGAGGUUUUUUUUUCUAAAGCCGCAACGCGUUUCCUGAAGCAAUUUCUAGCUAGCUCUUGCCAACGAAUAAUGACGAAGGAAAUAAAGCUCAUUUAUUAAACUCCAUCUGAAAGUAAGUUUUAUCCGCCUGUACUACCAUACCUAUAACCUCUCUAAACUGUUUGCAACUUCGGACAUUCUAAACUAGAGCGCUGCGACGAUUUUGAACAACGAUGUGUUCUCCUCUACCUACUUUUAGGGUUUCUUAAAACCUCCUCUUUCUUUCCUUUUUGAAAACUUUCCUAGGAGGAGUCAAUCAGGGGUACAAUACGAGAUUUUUUGCAAAUACAUGGCGUCAGUAUGCAAGGUCAGCUUACUGGUCGGAUUCUGGCCAACAUUCUUCACGGCAUAAGUUCCCCUCAGUUUCCCGCACAGGCCUGGUGUCGCUCGUUUCGAUUUUGGCGAGCCCAUUUGGAUGUUGACUGGCCAACUCUCAAACGGAUUGCCACGGAUGAACUAGUUGCUUCUGCAUACGUUUAA